GAAAUUUGGUAGUUUGCGUCAGGAUACACGCCAUGCUGAAGUUUAGCCAUGCUGGAUGUGUACCUUCGUAAAAAAAUACUUGGCGGUCCUUUCCGAAGAAGUGUGGAUGUGAUGAUUGGCUGCAGCAGCGAAUUCAUUAGGCUCGUGAGUGUAUCGAGUGAGCAGCGCGAGUUUUACGAGAUGCCGAGGAUACCCUAGUGCACAAGCGCGGAAAUCUUGUGCGUGUACGUCGAGAGGUGGACAAUUAUUAAUCCCUUCGUUACGAAAGUCCUUGAUGAACAGAAGCAUGGCUGAUGAACCCUUGGUGAUGGAGGAGACAGCUCCCACGGACCUUGUUGAUAACUCGGACUGCGAGUUGUUUACGAGUGAGAGCCCGGAAGAUGACGUUAAUACCCGUCUGACCGACACAGUUGUAACAUCAUUCAACUACUGCAUAAAGCCCGUUCAAGUGUGCGGUGCGUGGAAAUCAUUUGCUAAGUCCAUCACACGGGGUUGUAAAUGGUCUCCUGAUGGGUCAUGCAUUUUAACAAACAGCGACGAUUGCUGUCUGCGGAUUUUCAACCUUCCUGCGGUCCUGUGCCAACAGCAGGUUGACUGGAAUGAAGUGGAAGAGAUGGUUCCUGUGCUCAAGUGCAGUGAAAGUGGCCUGAUAUAUGACUAUGCUUGGUUCCCUGGCAUGAGUUCCUCUGAUCCGGCAACUUGUUGCUUUGCAAGCACAAGUACAAGAAAUCCUGUCCACUUAUGGGAUGCAUACACAGCCGAGUUACGGUGCUCUUACAGGUCAUAUAAUCACCUGGAUGAGCCCGUGGCAGCGCACAGUAUAGCAUUUGACAUGUUUGGUGAGAGGCUGUACUGCGGCUUUGACAAGAUGGUGCGAGUAUUCGACGUGGCCAGACCGGGGAGAUGUUUCGAAGAGCGUCCAACAAAUGUGAAGAAGAUGGGUCAACCUGGCAUCAUUAGUUGUUUUGCGUUCAGCCCACUUGGUGUCUAUGCCGCUGGCUCCUACUGUAAGACAGUGGCUGUCUACAGUGAAUCUGAUGGGGCCCUGCAGUUCAUCUUGUCUGGCCACCAUGGAGGUGUGACUCAUUUGAACUUCUCGCCUGACGGACAGCUGCUGUACAGCGGGGGCAGAAAGGACACAGAGAUUCUCUGCUGGGACCUGCGUAAUCUGGGCAAGGUGUUGUACUGCAUGAAAAGGACUGUGACGACUCACCAGCGCAUGUACUUCGAGCUUUCCCGGUGCGGAAACUACCUUAUUUCAGGGAACAGUAAUGGCAUCGUCACUGCUUGGGAUCUUAAAGUUGAGCCGUUAGAGCUUGAGGACUGUGAGCCCCUCAAGAAACCAGGCCUUUUCUUCAAGGCUCAUGACGACUGCGUAAAUGGUAUCAGCCUCCAUCCAACAUUACCAGUCUAUGCCACAACCUCGGGGCAGAGGAAAUUUCCGGAGCUUUCAGAUGACGACAGUGACAGUCUCUUUACAUUCAACGAUUCAGACAAAGUGGACAAUUCUCUGAGACUUUGGCUUAUAGAUGACAGACCACAGAAUGUUGAACAGUUGUCAUAACUAUUCUGUCAUUCACAGACCUGGUUUCAAUGCGCCUUGAGCCCUGGUUUAUGUUUUAAUGUCUGUGCCUGUAUAUAUUGUCACUGUACAUAGGAAGUUUUGUACAAUAAAUGGCAUUUGAUUGUUGA